UAUUUCCUGAGCUGGUAAAAGUUAUUUUUCUGAAUCAUCCAUCACUCAUACAUUCUGUAGUCUACAAAUUGAAAUAUUGUAAAACUGCAAUGAUGUCUCAGUAUUUUUGUUAGUAGAGCACUAUUAUAUUAGGGGUCCACAAAUGAAAAUACUGUACAAGUGGAGAUCAGAGUGCAUCAAAAAUGCCAUAAUAGUACUGUAACUUACAUAUUUCAGAAGUGCUGCAGUGCAUGAUCCCUACGCGUUCUGGGGGUCGCGUCAAAUACUCAAGAUUCUCAAGCAGACAGUUUACCCAUCUUUUCAAAAUAUAUAUAUAUAUAAGUUUCUGCCGACAGGUCAGAUCCCAUGUCAGAACCUUUCCCCACCCUAAUCCUUCAACAGUCGUCGGGUCUCUCUCAUUCAGUCAUAGCACCGCACGGCAACUUGUCAUCUUGCAACUCUGUCAGCUAGGUAGUUUUGAGGUGAAUAUCCCAACACACAUCAUUCUCAUCUACCAACAUUGUGCAUUCAUGGCACUGUUCUUGCUGAUGGGAGUUAGAGAUAAUUGAUAUCAGAUCUGCUGCUGGAUCUUUUUUUUGAGUGCUGCUUGCAUAAAGCUGUGUUGAGCUGUGUGAGCAAGAGGACCUGCGCGGUUGCAGUUCAUUCAUAUUAUAAUUGCUCGGACAGAAGUUGACUUAUGAGCAAAGACCUUUUUAAAUGCUUCAAGGACGGCUGUGAAUGGAUGGCAAGCACCGAAAUUCUGCUGAGAUUCCAGCGGGCGGCUAUUCCAUGUGAAUAAUCUGUUCGAGAUCUGUAGAUUUUGUUUGCCUGCGGUUAUUUUCCGCGUCUUCGAAGAAUACGGAGUUGAAAACGACAGUUCCUUUUUUUACCCGUCCUCAACUGCCAUGAUCCAUCUCUACAUUCUCCAAAACAAACAAUGCGGGGAAAAGCCUGACAACGAGCAUUUCGUGGUCAGACUCCCAACCCCUCGUCGUUGUCACCACUCAACCAGUAAAGGAUCCGAUUUGCUCGGCCCGAUGUGCUUCCGCCGUCAUCGCUUGUCCCCCGGCUACAGCGUCUCGGCUAUCUUCUCUAGAGCCUCUGAUCUCGGUAUCAAACCACCUCUAGGAAUCUAGAUAUUUACUUGAUCGGCGUAAAAAGGAAGCUUGACAAUCUCCACGAGACCUGAAAGGAUCAAGGCCCAACGGAAGUUUCUCCUCAAAUAUCGAAAACAGUAAUUGAUGGUUCUGAUCCAAUCGAAGGGUGGGGCAAGUUCAAGGUAUAUAAGAUGAUCCUUUGACCUCACGCUUUCUAAGGGGAGUAUACUGUGAACUACCUAGGUAUAUCUGUCUUCUCAUCCCAGGAGCGAUUCAUACAACUGUAAUUACAUCUCCAGGGGAACAUCCUACACGUUUUUACUCCCAUCCUUUCUUCCUAACCGCCAUGGCUACCCACCCAUUUGACCCUAUCCGCCCAGACGAGGUCAGUCUUGCGGCGAGGGUUCUCCAGGCAUCAUUUCCUGGGGUAUCUCUACGGUUCAAAUUAUCGAUGUUCAAGAACCCAUCAAGAGAGAUGUCGUGCCAUAUCUCGAAGCGGAGAGGCUGGGCACUCCCCUUCCCGCGAAACCAGCUAGGAUUAUCCAAUCCUUAUUUCAUAGGCUUGAUACCAAAGCCUUCUUGAAGGCUCUUGUUAAUCUGAGCACGAAGGCAGUGAUCACGGUGAAGGAAUUGCCCAAAGACGUACAGGGACCUGCGGACGUCGACGAGAUAAUAGAAAUCGAGCAACUCUGCCUCAAACACCCAGCAGUGCUCGCCGAAAUUGAAAAGUUGAAACUUCCACCCGGCGUCAUUGUUCUCAAUGACCCCUGGAUCUACGGCACUGAUGAUGAAAAUGAGACACGGAGGCUCUUCCAGUGCUACAUGUACAUAGCAGAGACGAACCACGCACAGGCAAAUCAUUAUUCAUUGCCACUCCCAUUUUCCCCAGUUUUCGAUUGCCUCACUCAGGAACUCGUGCGUAUAGACCGCCUCCCAACUGGGACGGACCAUUCAACUGCCCAAACCAGUCCGUGGAAGCCAGUCAAGGCGGUUGAGUAUGCCCACGACCUACUCAACGAACCGCUGAGAACCGAUCUUAAACCAUACAUCGUGCAACAACCCGAGGGCGCUUCGUUCUCCGUAAACGGCAAUAAAGUCCACUGGCAGAAAUGGGAUUUCAGAAUUGGUUUGAAUUCCCGGGAAGGCCUGGUACUGUACGGCAUCACUUACGAUAAGCGCAACGUCUUUUACCGCCUAUCUGUAAACGAAAUGACGGUUCCGUAUGGCGACCCUCGAGCUCCGUACCAUCGCAAACAGGCAUUCGAUGCCGGUGAUGUCGGGUUCGGAAUUACAGCCAACACGUUAUCUCUGGGCUGCGACUGCCUAGGCCACAUAAAAUACUUCAACGGUUGUCGAACCGACUCCAAGGGUAACCCCGUCACCCUCGAAAACGUAGUCUGUCUGCACGAGCAGGAUGCCGGGCUUCAACACAAACAUACCAACUAUCGUACCGCCGGGGCUACUGUUGUCAGAAACCGCCAGCUUGUCGUGCAGAUCAUUUGCACGGUCUCCAACUAUGAAUAUAUCUUUGCCUGGAUCUUCGAUCAGGCAGGAGGUAUCGAGCUGGAAGUCCGCGCAACUGGAAUUCUUUCCACCAUGCCUAUUGACAAUGCGGAUGGCGCCACCGUCCCCUGGGGCACCAACGUUGGGCCUGGCGUCAUGGCCGCGUUCCAUCAACAUAUUUUCUCCUUGCGCAUUGACCCAUCCAUUGACGGAUACGAUAAUACCGUGAUAUAUCAGGAUAGUGUCCCAAUGGCCGACGACCCGGUCACAAACCCAUAUGGAGUGGGAUAUGUGACAGAAACAACCGUGCUGAACAAGUCUGGGACGGCCGAUACCAGCGUCGAGAAGCACCGCGUCUUCAAAAUCCGCAACGACAACGUCAUCAACCCCAUCUCGCGAAAGCCGGUCGCUUACAAACUACAAUCAGCGCCCAGCCAAAUGAUGUUGAUGAGUCCGCGCAGCUUCAAUAGGAAGCGCGCACAGUUCGCGACCAAGCCGAUUUGGGUGACUAAGUACCAAGAUGGAGAGCUCUAUGCUGCCGGCGAGUUCACGAACCAAAGCAAGAAGAGUUCUGGCGUCGAAGAGUGGACGAGGAGGAAUGAUGACACUGAAAACACGGACGUAGUAUUGUGGCAUUCGUUCGGCCUUACCCACAACCCACGCCCAGAAGACUUCCCCAUCAUGCCGGUCGAAAGGAUCAGCAUCAUGCUUAAACCAGACGGGUUUUUCGAGAAGAACCCGGCCCUCGACGUCCCCCCGUCCAACCAAGCCUUUAACCGCUCUCAGCUGCAUGAGGACGUGAAAGCCAGGGUCAACUCAGUAACUUCCUGCCCUUGCCCUGCAACAACGAAAGCCAAGUUGUAAGAUUGGGCGGAAAGAGUUUUUGUUGGCAGCAGCGGCUAAGUUCACGAUACAGUCAAUGCCGGUAGAGUGAUGGCUAUAUGUGUAUAUAUGCAGACGUAAACGAAAUGAACCAUCCCAGCAAUAAUAGGAAGGGACAAUGGAACUUUUAAAGUAAAUUUCAACGCUGCUCUCUUUGCCUCAUCCUCUUGAGCACCACCUAAAUCGAGAAAAGCUUUUCAAAUGGCCUCUGUUAUCGUAUAGGAAUCAUUCCUCAAGGGAGGAUAGGACGGUGGGAAGAAUUGCGUAGAGGUGCCUGCCUAUCUGCCAAUUCGCAUUAAUUCACCUCAUGGCUUCUCUCAUUGCAAGACAUUUUGAAAGAUGGGAAAAAUUGAUAUGUCACGUCCCAUCACUAGGUUUCGCCAGAAUAUGGGUAUAUAUACCUACGUACAGUACAUGAUUCAGGAGUCCUAUGCAAUCGAUAGUUCGAUAGUAUGCUCGUGGAGUUUUGUUCCUCGCCGGACAUUGAAAUAGGUAUGGUCUGACCAAAAGUCCUCCCAUCCAUCCUAGGCAUGUGGUUGAAC